UAUCACUGGGAUGAACAAACGUUGACCACAUUUCAGGACACUAUGCUUAGCAAGGGCAUAUCAAGAAAGUAAAACUGCCCGUUCUGUGAUCUUCAACAAGCCUGUUUGGCGGUUGGGCGGUUGGACGGCAUCCGGACCACAUCAGUGCAGCACACUGUCAGCAGAGAUGUUUGUGGCUGUCAGCUUUGUUUGCAUUUCUGUCCUCGUUGUGUAUGUACAAGGCUCAUUGGAGUGCUUAUGUGCAACUGUUGAACUUCAAAUUACGUUUGACAAAGGCCCACCAUUGCUACCAAAGGACAAAUGUGCAGGAAUUGUUGACGACGUUAAAGGGGCAGAUGGAAGCGUGUGGUACAUGGUUAACUAUAACAAUCAGAGUGGCUGGAUACAAGCAGAUACCAGCAUGAUGUCGAUCUUGCAUUGCAAAGACAUAAAUAUAUCCACUACUACUGCCUUACCUACAACUACCUCUCCAUGUAGAGACAUGGACGGCAUCAACUGCCAGUGGCUGGACGCCGGCAACAACAUAUGUAGCGACAAAGCAUCCGCACAACAAUUUUGUCCUAAGUAUUGUAAAAUAUGUGAUAAAGGGGUUACGAGUAUAUUGGGACGGUAGCCUCUCAGCAUUUUAAUUUAUUCAUAAAUAAAUUAUUUCUUCAUAUUA